GCCGCUGCCUGCUCGCAGUUGCCAGCCCCCGCCGCCGCGGAGGACGGAAGGAAGCGAAUCAACCGCGACUGUCUCCGACGGGAAUAAAGCAGGCGAGGCCAGCCGGUCGCGGAACCCCCAAUUCUCAGCUGCGGCCGGCGAUCGAGUCGGUUCCGUCCCGCGCCGAUGCGGAUCCCGCGGCGGAAGGGCGGGGCCGGGCCGCUCGCUGUCGGGGUGCCCAGCAGGCGGGCGCAGGUCGCCGCGGUCUUCGCGCUCGCCGCACUGCUGGGGGUCUCCGUGCUCUACGACAACGCCCACAUCGCCGCCUCGCUGCGGAGGCACGGCGGCCCGAGGACGUACGCCAAGCUCUCCUCCUUCGAAGGCGCCACCGCUGUCCCCAGCAUCGCCAAGGAAGAGGCGGCGGCGGCGGUGGCGCGGGCAACGGAGUCGGUGCCGGUGCACGGCGCGGAUCGGGCCGACUCGCCCCCGCACGAGCGGCAGGAGGAGAUCGAGGAGCGCGCAUCGAAGCCUGGAGCGACGGCCGGGAGCUCCCUGCAGGACGCGCCGCUAAUCGAGGAGGUGGUGCAAGGAGGAAGCGGAGGCCACGACGGCGACGGCGACGGCGACGGCGGCGCGCAGGCGCAGGAGCAGCCCCCGGCCCCGGGGACCUGCGACCUGUACAAGGGCCGCUGGGUGUACGACGAGUCCCGCGCGCCGCUGUACAAGGAGUCCGACUGCAGCUUCCUCACGGAGCAGGUCACCUGUAUGCGCAACGGCCGACGCGACGACGACUAUCAGAAGUGGCGCUGGCAGCCCGACGGCUGCGAUCUCCCCAGAUUUGAAGCUAAGUUGCUUCUGGAGAAGCUAAGGAACAAAAGGCUGAUGUUUGUGGGGGAUUCCCUGAAUCGGAACCAGUGGGAGUCCAUGGUGUGCCUGGUCCAGUCAGAGGCUCCAUGGGACAAAAAGUCCCUUGUCAAGAAUGGUUCUCUUAAUGUGUUCCAUCUUCAGGAGUACAAUGCAACGGUUGAGUUCUAUUGGUCUCCUUUCCUAGUGGAGUCGAACUCAGAUGACCCAGACAUUCAUAGCAUCAGUGACCGCAUGAUCAAGCCGACAUCGAUCGCUAAGCAUGCGGCGAACUGGGAAGGGGUGGACUACCUGAUCUUCAACACUUACAUCUGGUGGAUGAACACGCCACAGAUGAAAACUCUGCACGGUGGAUCUUUUUCGAGGAAACAUGUCAAGUAUGACGAAAUCGAACGUGUGGAGGCGUACCGGAAGGUCCUCAAGACAUGGUCUAGAUGGGUAGAGGCGCACGUAGAUCCCAAGAGAACAACGGUCUUAUUCAUGAGCGUGUCACCAGUACAUAUGCAGAGCGAAGGUUGGGGCAGCCCCAACGCCGUAAAAUGCUUCUCCGAGACACAGCCGGCGAUCAGCUACAAUAAGAAACUGGAGGUGGGCACGGACUGGGACCUCUUCGCGACCGCCCAGCGCGUGACGAGGUCGAUGAAGAAGGUACCCGUGCACUUCGUCAACAUAACUGCGCUGUCGGAGAUCCGCAAGGACGCGCACACCUCCGUGCACACGCUGCGGCAGGGGAAGCUCCUGACGCCGGAGCAGAAGGCGAACCCGAGGAAGUUCGCGGACUGCAUCCACUGGUGCCUCCCCGGUGUGCCGGACACGUGGAACGAGUUUGUUUAUGGCCAUAUCGUGUCGAGCACCCCGCCGCCGCAGCAGCAGCAGCAGCAGAAGAUAACCGAGGAUGAACCUCACAGAUGACGGCUAGAAAAUACUUCACAUGGUAGCGCAAUUUUAGUGAGAGAAGAAGAUUUGUGAUCGAGGCCAUAAGUUAUUUUUUUUUGUCUGUUCUAGGUUUAGAAGCCUAUGCUAUGCUGCUGGUUCACCUAAGCAUUUGUUGGAAGGUAACACCAAGCAGCCGUGAACAGCCACGGUCACCUGAGGAGCCUUCUCGCAGUGUCUGGAUGUGGUUGUUUGAGCCUCUGAGGGGAAAUGCCCUGCGCGCUUCUGUGCU